GAAGGCUGUCGAGGUGUCUGGGUGUGAGCGAACACCCUCUAGUGGAGCUGCUGACGAGCUGUGUUGCAGAGCUUCUGUCUCUUUCUAACCAUCAGCAUUUCAAGAGGUCUAUGGUUCAGUGUUGAGCAGAGACCAUGUGGUGUUUGGAGCUGCUCUUACCACUGCUGUUGAUCAUCAAUGAUGCCAGUUGCCAGUGGAACGUUUGGGUACCCCGGGACAUCUCGGCUAUGACAAACUCCUGCGUGGUCAUCCCAUGCACCUUCAUGUAUCCGUCCGGCAUCAGGCCGUACCGUGGCACUCACGGUAUCUGGUACUUCGGCCAGCCGUACCCUCAACUCUUCCCUCCUGUUGUCUUCAAAUCACGCACAGACGUCGUGCACGAGAGCUACAAGGGCCGCACCAAGCUGCUGGGUGACCUGCAUCAGAGGAACUGCACUCUGCUCAUCAACAACGUCGGCACAGAGCACUCAGGAAGAUACUACUUUCGUGCUGACCUCGGUGGUGCCAACAUGUAUACGUACCCAGACUUCUCUGAGCUCAAAGUUCUGGAUCAACCCAACAUUGACGUCCCAGAGGAGAUCGUCAGCGAUGAGAGUCUGGAGCUGACGUGCUACGCUCCAGACAACUGCCCUGACAUGACUCCAGAGAUCCAGUGGAUGUACACCGACUACCUGCCUGACCCAGAGUUCAGCUCCGACUAUCUGGAGGAGAGCAACACAGCGGUGCUCUCCAGCACCCUCACCUUCACACCCAGACCCAUGCACAACGGGCAGCUGCUGGGCUGCAGGGUCUACUUCCCCAACACCACACUGGUCUACGAGAGGCUCAUCUCUCUGGACAUCAAGUACGCUCCACGCUCUGUGUGGGUGAACGUGUCCUCAGAGGUGAUGGAGGGCAGCUCUGUGACGCUGCACUGCGAGGUGGACAGUAACCCUCCUCCCAGGAUCUCCUGGAUGUUCGGAGACCAGGAGCUGCUGUGGGACACGGCGUCCAACGUCUCCCUCUCCCUGGACGAUAUUACGCCAGCGCAGGAGGGAAUCUACACCUGCGUCGGGGACAAUGGCUACGGCAUCAUGAACACCUCAAUGUACCUGGCCGUCAAGUACCCUCCCCGAGAGCCCCUGGUAAACGACUCUAUGACGGUAUUAGAGGGAACCACGUUGUCUCUGCACUGUAGCACCCAGGGCAGCCCAGCCCCAACCCUCACCUGGCUGAAGGAUGGAGAGCUGGUGGGCACCAUCACUGCAGACGAGCUGUCAGUGCUGGAGAUUGCAGAGAUCACACCGCAGGGAGACGGACAGUACCGCUGCCUGGCUGAGAACGAGCAUGGAAGAGCCAGCAGCUCCUUCAACAUCACUGUUGAGUAUGCCCCAGUCCUUCUGGAGGAGUCAAAAUGCACAGUGGUGAGGGAGGGCGUCCAGUGUGUCUGCAUGGCAACAGGAAACCCUGAGCCCACCAUCGAGUUCUACCUGCCCGACCUGAACAUCACUAUCAACGAAACAGACGGCCGGUACAACUUCUACACGCACACAGAUGGACACACCUCCACGGGUAUGAUCAAGCUGCGGGAGAAAGGCGAGCGGGUAGACAACGGCGGCCCUGCCGUCAACGUCCAUUGCAGCAUCUCCAACAUGUAUGGAAGAGAGAGCGUACUCCUGGAGCUGCAGCAGGAGAAAAAGUACAUGAUGGCAGUCAUAGUUGGCACCAUUGGGGGCGUGGCGGUUAUAGCCUUCAUCAUUGCAGCAGUGAGAUACGUUGGCCACAACAACAAGAAAGAGAAUGGCAACCCUAGGCAGGACGUGGUCCUGGAGAACCCUGCUUUGUACUACAGCGCAGUCAAGAAGGACAAACAAAAUCUGAGGAAGAAAGUGCUUAAGACAGAGCUGUUGGGCUCAAAGUUUAACUCCAUUCUAGAGGAGACUACGGGAGAAGACGGGGAUUAUCAAUCUGUGGGCUCUAUGGCAGGACUGGAGAGGCAAGAGCUGAAUUACGCUGCUCUGGAGUUUAUCGGGGCCAGGUCCAGGGAGGGGGCCUCAGGGAGGGGGGAUGAUGGCAGCAACUACACGGAAAUCAAAGCCAAAUGAAUCGCGAUCCUUCCCUGAUCCCUCGGCUAUGCGAGACGCAGUGGCAGCCCCAACACAUCCUCAGCCCCAUAAACUGUGUAAUAACACCCCUUCCUCUACUGGAUUUCACCCUGACUCCUUGUUUCUUCAGAUUUGUCACAUAUAAUGUACCACUCGAUGCCACUACUCCCCCCUCAUGCUGCCCCUCCACAAUUGGACGCCCCUUUGCAUGCCAUCAUCUGGGAAACUGGUACUUUUUCGGGUCAGAGCACGACCCACUGGACAAUGCAAAAGAAAUUAUUUAAGUUUCUAGCCUCAGUUGUCGUACAUGGGCUCUCGAACAUGCAGUGUUAACCAGCGACCAUGUUUUUGUUGCUUUCUCCAUGUUCUUCAUUGUGAUUGUCGAUGUUAUUGUCAACCGACAUGCACCUGAGCGCUUGCAUCCGUCUCACUAUUUCGCUCUACAUCUGUCUCUUAUAACUGUCACUGUGCCUGCUGCCAGUUGAAGCAUCAGGGCAAGGAGUAACUGCGCUUUUUGUUCUCUUAUAUUUAUGUGUGUCUGUCAGCAGAGAGCAAACAUCUCUUCUCUUUUUCCUUUGGUUAAUUACAUCCUGAGACGAUAACUGGCUGAGGCGAGAAAUGAAAACGCGUCUUUCUUUCCACGUAAUUGUAUUUAAUGUGUGCUGUGACUUGGUAGCCUCUCAUAAUAAAUGGGAAAAAAAAA